UUCAGACCAUGAACUUAAGAGCGAAAAUAAAGAUGAACCAAUUCCUGUGCGUUGGGAUAGAUAUUGGAAAUCUUAUCGCUUGUUUCGGCAAACGUUUAUUAUCUUGACGGCAAUUUGGGGAUUCGGACUUCUUAUUGAAGCUAUAGUCCGUUUAAUUUCAAUAAUUUAUGUAAAACAUGUGAUAAGAGCUAAAAAAUUAAUUGAAGAGCGAAAAAAAGCUGCUGCUGCUGAUGCUACUAAUUAUACAGUAACAGAAUAA